AUGGGUCCGACCAAACAAAAUCCUGGUUUCUGUUUCCAAAAGGAAACUCCUCAAAAGCAACUGAAUGUGCUGCACGAAAUUAGCGAAUAUGCACUCAGCUGGGUUCCAGAAACACGACGCGUGCAUUACAACGGUUCAAGCAAUGACGUUGAUAUCCCAUUGUUCGCUUUGAUCAAUCAAGAAGAAGAUAAAUGCCGUCAACGGAACUAUGCUACCAGCAACAGG